AUGAGGGACCCUUAUGGUUUGAAGAGCGGUGCGAACUCUAGUCUCACCUGUGCCCAAUGCAGUGCUCAGUUCGCGUGGCUGUCUCGUGCGGAAUUCAAGUGUCGUGUCACACCCGUGAAUCUGCACGGCACAGAGGAACAACAGCUGCGCAGCGGACGGUCGACUGUCACGACCAUGAACGACGAUAACGGGAAUGUAAGAGACCAGCGCCCCACCAACACUUCAACGGUCAAAACUCGCCAACGUGACCCCCAGGAUUUCACCGGUUCAGCCGACGCUGACGUUCUGGACUGGCUCAAAAAUUACGACCGGGUGAGCCAACACAACCGUUGGGACGACACCAUCAAACUCGCCAACGUCGUAUUUUUCCUCAAAGGGACUGCACUCCAAUGGUACGACAAUCACGAGGAAGAAAUUAAUUCAUGGGAUGCGUUCAAAACCGCCUUCGCAGAUGUCUUCGGUACACCUGAACGCAGAAGACAACAAGCGCGGGACAAACUCUCCAGGAGGUACCAAGCCCCCUCCGAAACAUCGACGUCCUACAUCGAGGACGUCCUUCGCCUCUGCGGACGUGUCAACGCAGCUAUGCCGGAGGACGAAAAAAUCAAGCAGCUCUUCAAAGGAUUAUCCCAAGAGCUGUUUUCCAUCGUCGCAACCAGGUCACCUCAGACCGUGCAGCAGCUCAUUGCAGAAUGCAAGCAUUAUGAAGACCUUCAAAGUGGUCCGAUCUCCAACACCGGAUUUGAACGGCUCCCUGAAGUUUCAACUACAACUGCCGACACUGACCUCCCCAAUCUCAUCAGGCGAAUAAUUCGAGACGAACUACGCGACUUCUUGGGAUCCCUGCGCCUCUCAGCCAGUUCUUCAAUCUCGCAACCCGAGGCGCCUAAGAUUGAACAGGUAAUCAAAGACGAACUUCGUGCUGCCCUUCGUCCUAUUUCUUCGUCGUCUCCCACAUGCAUGGCACCAUCGACUUCCUCACCACCCAUCUGCUCUUUACAGCACUCAGCACCACACAUUUGCGCUCUGCAAACUUCUCACAACGUCUCAAUUCCAUCCACACGCUACCUAUCGCCCCGGCGGACAGAGGAAUGGCGCACUCAAGAUCAACGUCCGAUAUGCUUCUACUGUCACGCCCCAGGUCAUAUCAUCCGCUACUGCCGACGCCGCAUGAAUGCUGAAGCCUACAGUCGCACCCCACAGAAUCAAACUCGACAUUCUGACGACCACGACACGCGCCGAAAUUUCGACAACCACGGCAGUUCCACCAACAGGUCACUGCCAAAACUGUACGUCAACGAAAACCUGACCCGAAAGAACAAGGAACUGUUUUGGAGGCUGCGUGAGAGAGCAAAGGCAAGGCUGUACAAGUUCACAUGGGUCAAGAACGAUAAGCUAUUCACAAAGAAGAAAGAAUCCUUUCCAGUUGUCCGCAUCCAUCGGCUGGACGACCUAGAAAAGAUUGUUUAG